AUGGAGGGACAAUCAAGGUCACAGCCAAAGACCAGAGCUGCUAAGGUGAAGGAUAGCAGGCCCAAGAGGACAUCCUGUAUGUCCUUACAGGAAAUGGUGGAGUUGGUGGAGAUAAUGGAGCGGCAGGAUUAUGACUCAGGACAUAUGAGCAGAGGAACAUCAGGAAGGACCGGAUCCUGGAUGAAGUGGUUCAGAGCUUGCAGGCCAAGUUCAAGGUCACCAGGUCCAAAGACCAGUUACGAAAACGGUGGUCAGAGGAGUGUUGAGCGUAGGAGCCAGGGCAGCGAGGGUGCUUCUGAGGUGGCCAUGGAGCAAGCUGUUGUGGAGGAGGCUGACGUUGUGGUGGAGGUUGUGGACUCCUCUUUGUCCUCUUCUUCUGCUUACAACCGCCAGCACUUCCAGCUAGAUUUGUGGAAGCCAGAUCUUAUAGAAGAAAUUUAUACAGGAAGAGAAAUACAUGUUCGGGUCCCAUCUACCUAUCUCCAGCGCAUGAAAGAAAACCUUGGUCAGCAAAAUAUUCCAUUUACGAUCCUGAUUGAAGAUGUACAGAUAUUAAUAGAUAGAUCACUUGGAGGUCGGAGCAGAGCAAGGGCAAUAUCUCUGGAAACCUACAACUAUACUAUGUAUCAUCCAAUGAAUGAGGUUUAUGAGUGGAUGAAACAGGUUACAGAUAAGCACGGCGAUUUAGUGUCCCAUCACCUUCUUGGACAUACCUAUGAAAAAAAUCCAAUCCAUUAUUUAAAAGUUGGACUUCCAUCGCAGAAGACGAAGACAGUUAUAGUUAUGGAUUGUGGAAUUCAUGCACGGGAGUGGAUUUCCGUAGCUUACUGCCAGUGGUUUGUUAAAGAGCUUAUUGCAAGAUACAAGAAUGAUGAUUUGCUGAACAAGCUUCUAAAACAAGUUGAUUUCUAUGUCAUACCUGUCCUAAAUAUUGAUGGAUAUAUUUACAGCUGGACAGAUGAACGUCUUUGGAGGAUGAACCGCUCACCACAAAAUGGGACUUGUUUUGGAGUGGAUCUAAACCGUAAUUUUGAUGUAAAAUGGUGUGAGACAGGUGCAUCAACAGACUGUGAAAGUAUAACUUUCUGUGGGCCAUCCGCUGCUUCUGAGCUGGAAACAAAAGCGCUGGUCACUUUGGUAGAAAGGCUCAAGCCAAAUAUUCUUAUGUAUCUCACGAUGCACUCAUAUUCCCAAUUGAUUCUUCUUCCAUAUGGAUACACAAAUCUCCCAUCUGAAAAUCAUGAGGAAAUGGCAAGAAAAAGUUGGAAAAAAGGCAGCUGA